UUGCAUCAACCAAUUAGUUCGGAUUCUAACCGUAAGUAGCUUAAAAUGGAUCUACUGAGCAUAUCUCAUCUAUAACUUUGUCUAUCCUCCAUCUUGGUUGGUGGCUGAGGCGGGGUACUACCUAAUAGUACUCUGUACAUGGACUAACAAUCAAACGAUCGGAACAUGCUAUCGUUUGUCAAUGAUACAAGCUUGCGUCCUGCAUGCAUGGGAAUAAAGCAGGGGAAAAAGAAGGAUUGAAAAGCAUUGAAAGGUUACGUGGUAAAUAUGAACGGCAGUCAACCAAGGUCGUAGGAUCAAGAUCCUCCACUCGCUGAGGUCAUACCUGCAACGAGAGAAUCCUGUUAAAGCAACGAUCGCUGGCCGAAGUGCGCGUCAAACCCAACGCUCCAUCCCCGGCCGGUCCGUAGGUUAAAACUGGACGGUAGGAAACCCUAGGGCUGUGGGCCAUAUACUUUAUGUCGUCGUUGCAAGUUGCCACACUACAAACGUUGUCCAUGCCGUCCAUGACUUUUCCAUGUCGCUCAGGUACAGUAGGUAGACUACAUGCGUACUCCGUACUGUACAAAAUUACCAAUAGUACUUGGUACUGUAUGUAUGUACCGUUGGGGGAGGGUUGUCUAAUCUGGUGGAUGCCAAAGGAGAAAAUAUGGAUUUAUCACUGUAAUCGAAAUUGAAUUCCAAUGACUAGUCAUGUGAGUUUGUCUGAGAAAAUUACGCUAGAAGUACCGAAAUAUUCCUUGAUUCCGUGGAUGUGGUCAGGUACCUUAUUCGAAUGCGGAAUUCUUUUAUUUUUUAUUUUUUUUCGAAAUGCCGCAUCUUCUCCUAACUGCUGCUUUGCCAUCAAGAUUCAUUGCCACUCGGAGUAAAAGGGGUGAAAGGGGUAUAUAAAAAGGGGUCAAAUACAAUAGUAGCUCCGACAUACUCCAAUCAAGAUGCCGACUUAGUAUAAAUAGUACUGCAUAGUGUCAUGUUAGUUUACUUGCAAUGUAACU